AUGGCUCGUAACAAAGCAGCAGCAGCAGCACACAAUCAAUUGCUGCUAUUUCUCUUAGCAAUAGUAUCAUCAUGUGUUAUCUCAUCUUCUAGUGCUGCUAGUGAGGCUGAAACGCUCAUCACCUUCAAGAAUUCUCUAUCCGAUACCUCGGCACUAGAUAACUGGAAUGCUUCUACAAAACCCUGCACCGGGUCCCAGAGCCAUUGGACGGGUGUGCAGUGUAACAACGGGAGCGUAUCUGGGCUGCAGCUGGAGAAAAUGAGCCUAACUGGCCUGAUUGACAUUGACACGCUCACACAGUUGCCGGCCCUCAAGGCCAUAAGCUUCAUGAACAACGGCUUUGGAGGUCCACUGCCCGAUGUGAAGAGACUUUCACUCCAAGGUCUCUACUUAUCCCAGAACCAAGUCUCUGGUGAUAUCCCGGAUGACGCUUUCAGUGGCAUGGGUGAUACCUUGAAGAAGCUUUACUUGGCCAAAAAUGGAUUUACGGGGGAGAUACCGAGUUCUUUGGUUGAUUUGCCUAAGCUCAUUGAGUUGGACCUUGGGGAUAACCAAUUUACAGGGGAGAUUCCAUAUUUUCAUCCAGGGGAUUGGACGGUGAUGAAUCUGGCAAACAACAGAUUGGAGGGUCAGAUUCCGGCAUCACUAAGCAACUUAGAUGCUGCUGAGUUAGAGGGUAGGUGA